UCGCACUUGCGCAAAUUGUGUGCGGGGACGAGGGGCGAUUCCGGUCGCGCGCCUGGGUGUCCCUGUGACCCCAGACCCUGUGUGACGGUGGGAAGCGGGCUGUGGAGCCCGCCGAGGGGCUGGAGAACAGAGCGAGCCGCCCCCAGGUCUGCUUGGAGUAGAGUUGGAUUUCUUCAAGGUCACUGGCUCUGCGAGUCGUAGGACGCUGCCUGCGAGGAGGGGCUGGGUUCGCACCUCCUGCUGGUUGCGGGUGUGUCUGGAGCCUCAGCGCUUGCUCCUCAGCUUCUGGGAUGGCUCUCCAAGACUCGUUUCCACCGUCGCUGCCUCCUGGAGACCAUGCCUGUGGCUUGCCUGAUCACGCGGCCCCCCCGCCCCGUGGAAUGAAGGGUUCAUCCGCCAGCACGCACCCCUCCACCACUGCACGGCCGCGAGUAAGGGAAGCUGCAGGAUCCAGAAACUUCGCAGAGGCAGGGGUGUGCCUCCCUGCUCCUGGUCAGCGUUCCCAACCGUGAACCGCCCUGGGUAACGUCCCAGGUGUCCAUUGCAUUUGCAGGCGAUGGCUCGCCGGGGUGUAAGCAGGAGGCGGCAUGUGGGACUCCAGCAGCUGGCCUCCUUUGCACAUGCCGGGAGCACCCUCCUGGGCCCCGUGAAGUCACCCAAGUUUGUGGUGGACGGAGAGGGCUCUGAGAGUGUGUUAGUCAGCUCCACGGUCAGGCUUCUGGAAAGGCUGGAUCUGACCAGCGCCGUGGGGCAGCUCCUCGGCGAGGCUGUGCGGGCGCAGAAUGACGCCUACGGGACCGGGGCCAGCACCCUCCUGUCUCUCGCCGGGGCGUGGAGCACUGCCGCCGCGGAGUGCCUUCACCUGGGGGUGCCCAUGCCGGCCAUCGUGUCGGGGAUGUCAGAGGGCUUGGCCGCCUGCAUGGAGGAGGUGGUCGCCCUUCAGGUCCCUCUCCACACUGUCUGUGACCAGACGGACAGCACACAGACGCCUGCCGGACCUGGGCCGGUCGGUGUCGGCGUGGGCCCCUUCCCACAGACCCCCUCAGAGGCCGGUUUAAUGCCGAAGGAGCGUGGUCUCCACGAUGCUGCCUCUCAGGAGUCCACCACUUCCAGUUUUUCUGGGACACCCGUUAAAUCGGCUGCACUUUUCAGACCUCAGGCUGCGGCUGGCACAGAUAACGACGCGUCACAAACUGCUCCGACUCCGAGAACCAGCCUGCGCACAGCCCCCGGCUGCAGAAAGCCCGGGCUGACCCACAGCAGGCACUGCUGUCGGGCAGGGGGCGCUCCCGGGACGACGACGAGCAGACCAGGUGGUGGUCUAGAGCAAGGCGCGGUGACUCCCCGCGUCCACACCUGCAAGGACCUGGCCGAGCUGGCGGCGGGUCUGAGCCACGGAGACGCCGGCAGCAUGGCGUUGGCGGAAGCGGCCCUGCGGCUGCAGCGCCGGCAGGGGAGCGUGCGCCGGGGCGGCGGGGCGGUGCCGCUCACGUUCGACGUUUCAAGAGUCUUCACCUGCUGUUUACCAGGUUUACCGGAAGCUGCUUCCUGCGUCUGUGCAGGCUUUGUCACGGCUGUGUCGGCAGCUGGGACCCCGGUGCCCGAGGACGUGCAGAACCGGCCCCUGCGGGUGGUUCUCAUCGAGGGGGACCUCACGGAGAACUAUCGCCACCCGGGGUUUAACAAGCCUGCACGUGCCCAAACGGUGUCAGAGAGCGCGGAGCCGCUCCAGCAGGACAGCGCGGAGGAGCUGUGGGCGGAUCGCGUGCUGCAGGUGUUAGCGCGGUUCCGCGUGCGCCUGGUCCUGGCGCGGGGAAGCGUGUCGGAGCGGCUCGUCGGGAGGUGCGCCCGCAGCAAGCGGCUGCUGAUUGGGUGGGUGGACGGCAGGGUGCUGCAGGCCUUCGCGGAGGCUUCCGGGGCCGUGCAGGUGGCCUACGUCACGCAGGUGAACGAGGACGCCGUGGGCAGCGGGGUCUGCGUGGCCUUCUGGAGCGGCCCCCCCGGGGGUGCUGGCGACGGGGUGGGCAGAAGGGCGAUCGUGCUGAAAGCGGAAGGGGUGAAUUUGGUCACCGCGGUGCUCACCAGCCCGGUGGCUGCACGGCUGCAAACCAAGGAAGACGGGUUCUGGGCCUGCGCCCGCCGCCUGCACCACGCUCUGCAGGAGCAAACGGUCUUCCUCGGAGGGGGCGCCCUGGAGUUUCUGUGUCUCGGCCACCUUCAGGUUCUCGCGGAGCAGCCUGUGCCCAAAGGAGACCACGUGCGUCCCGGAGGGCUGCCGACCGCUGCCGCCCCGAGGCCGGCCGCGUGCCCCGCGCCGCUCCGACCGACCGUGCUUCGCGGCCUGGCCAGCGGGUGGCGCCAGUACCUGUCGACUCUCGCGCGGAACGCUGCCGGUCGCUCGGCGGCAUUUGAAGCCGAGACCUUCAUUCAGCGCCACGUGCAGCGCGCCGCGGACUCCGGCUCCCCGUCGUCUUACGUCCUGGACGAGUACAGCAGACUGAGUGGGGGGAUUUUGAACCCCGGCCAUUCCAGUCGCCUGGACGGGGGCCCGAGGGUGUACGACACCGUCACGCCGAAGGUGGAGGCGUGGCGCCGCGCCCUGGACCUCGUGCUGCUGGUGCUGCAGACGGACAGCGAGAUCGUCACGGGGCGUGGCCGCACGCAGGUCCGGCCGCAGGAGUCCGAGGGCUUUCUGCUUCUGUAGCGCCCCUGGCUGAGCCUUUGGGAAGUGGUCUUCGUGAUGUAUCCUGCUGGUCACGGGUUUCCUAGGGGCCCAGUCAUCGUGCCUGACGUGCCAGCUGUCCCCGAGAAGAAAAUAAUUGGUGUCUGCCGGUGACUGUACGAGGUCGCGUCACAGGGGAGGACCUGGGCGUGGGCACGUCCCCGCAUUUACAGUGCUCCGUCCGAGCGGAGUGUUACUUCGCCGCCAGGUUGUGCGGCGUAGCAGGAGCCUGGGACGCAGACCUGUGGAGAUCGGGCAGGUCCUCCUGCUCACCCAGGAGGUGAGCCGUGUGCCCGGGGCCAGCCCGGCAGCCUCGCCCGACGGUGCACUCUCGGGCCUGCCCUGAUGCCGUCGCGGCCAAACCUGGUGUCUGGGAGUGCGCCGCUCGAGGGCGCUCGGACUCGGCCCACUGCCCGGGAGUUCCGUCUGUACCAGGUGCACGCCCUCGGUCUCGCACCGCAUUAACGAAGGCUGCCGCCCUCCCCGGACAGCACGACGAAGCCAGUGCGCAGCGCCGGCCUCAGCCACGUCCCCCACGGUCGUGAACUUAGCCGGCUGAAAGUUCCAAGGACCCGUAGGCCUCUCUAUUAUCCAGAAUGUAGUCUGAGACCAGGUGUGCACUAGGACCCAUGACGGGUGUUGUGACUGACCUGCUGAUCUUGGGUGUCAUUGCCAAAAAGUUCCAGGACAGCAGCGCCACCAGGGGGUGGAGAGACCUCCCUCCCACGCCCUCUUCCCCACGCUCAGCCCGUGGCCCCGGCAGGCCCCGGCCCGGCCCCUGCUUCGGGACUUGUUGUGAAACCCGAUUUGGAGCACCUGUAGGCGGACGUGAUCGCAUCAUACAGGUAGUGCCACCGAGCAGCCGCAGCCUCUGGUGUCGUGCGCGGCGAACCCUGAGGGGACUCCAACGAGUGAGGGGACGUGACUCAGUCAUCCUCGUGCUCAGGUGAAGGACCAGGAUUUCGGUUUGAUGUUUGUCUUUAAUGCGAUCACGUGACCACCUCCCCCAGAUCCUCAUCCCGGUUAUGAAUACCGUCUUUGUUCAGAGUUACAGUGAUAAUGUUGAGUGUUGAACAGCGUUUAAAAAUAAA